AAAAAAAAAGAAAAAAAAGAAAAAAAGAAAAAAUCUCGAGAUCUCUCUCUCAAAUGGCGGCGACGAUGAGCAGAGACCAAUACGUCUACAUGGCGAAACUCUCCGAACAAGCCGAGCGUUACGAAGAGAUGGUCCAAUUCAUGGAACACCUCGUAACCUCCUCAACCCCGUCCACCGAGCUCACCGUGGAAGAGCGCAACCUCCUCUCCGUGGCGUACAAGAACGUGAUCGGAUCCCUCCGCGCGGCGUGGAGGAUCGUCUCCUCGAUCGAGCAGAAGGAGGAGAGCCGGAAGAACGAGGAGCACGUGGCGCUCGUGAAGGAUUACAGAUCUAAGGUGGAGGGAGAGCUCUCGGCGAUCUGCGAAGGGAUCCUGAAGAUUUUGGAUUCGAAUCUGAUUCCUUCGGCGGGUGGGAGCGAGUCGAAGGUGUUUUAUUUGAAGAUGAAAGGGGAUUAUCAUAGGUAUAUGGCGGAGUUUAAGGCGGGGGAGGAGAGGAAGACGGCGGCGGAGGAUACUAUGGUUGCGUAUAAGGCGGCGCAGGAUGUUGCGGUUGCGGAUCUGGCGCCUACGCAUCCGAUAAGGUUGGGAUUGGCGCUUAAUUUCUCGGUGUUUUAUUAUGAGAUUCUCAAUUCUUCGGAGAAAGCUUGUAGCAUGGCUAAACAGGCUUUUGAGGAAGCCAUUGCUGAGCUGGACACGUUGGGAGAGGAGUCAUACAAAGACAGUACUCUCAUCAUGCAGUUGCUAAGGGACAAUUUAACCCUCUGGACCUCCGAUAUGCAGGAGCAGAUGGAUGAGGCCUGAAGAUCUUGUGGAAGAACAGACGGUUAUGUAAUGUCCCUGUAAACCAUGACCGAUAAUCUAGUUCAAACUCGAGAACCCUCCUUUGCUGUAAAACUUGUCGAAAAAAUGGUUUGUUUAUGACAGUUAUGUGCACAGCUUUGGUGUUAUCUGCUUCUUUGUUCCAACUGCGUUUUUUCUUUUUAAAAUUAUUAUCACCUUUUCCUUUUUCCCCCCUCAAAUUUUACAUUACUGCAAACCUAUGCAGUGUCACAAAUUUAGCUGAGAGCUUUCGUAUGAAACUCUCUAAAAAACAUGAAUUCACUUGGGAGUGGUCAGUGUUUCACGGUUUGGUAUUUUUCUAAUAAUUUUAUCGGUUUUAUAUAAACUAAAGCGUUAAAAAAAAUUUGUAAUUUUGUUGAUUUCGAUUUUGUUAGUUAAACUUCGCUUUGGUUUGGUUCGGUUCAGAUACAUAAAAAGUCGGUUUCGCUACUGGAUCUUGUUCAGUCCUACAAAUAAUUUGGUUUGGUUUUGGUUCAAGCAUGUCGGUUAGUUUUGGUGUAACUUACUGGUUACGCGUUUAAGCUUCUUCAUCAG